AUGUCAUCGAUCACGCAUGUGCUUACACGCUACGCCACCGAAUUUGCGAUCCCACCCUUGGUUUUCCUCUUCACCUUCCUUGCCUUUGCUUUUGCACUCAUCUUGGUCGAUUACACCUGCAACCAUGUGAUCGUGACGCUGGCCGCGAUCGAGGAUGCCGACCCGAGUCCCUCCAUCCGCCUCGAAAGCGCACAUGACGAUGAUCCCGAGAUUGUAGAUCCGUUCACUUCGAGGGUAAAGCCCAUCACGUGGGGAUUGCGCUCAGCCAUCAAGCACCUCCGCGCCCGUGGUGGAGGAGAAGGAGGAGGAGAAGGAGGAGGAGAAGGAGGAGGAGAAGGAGGAGGAGAAGGAGGAGGCGGGCUCAUCGUUUCAUGCUUGCAUGGAUUCCGCAUGGAUUCCGCAUUGGAGUUCCUCGCGCGGAUGUGCCUGGCCACCGUGCAGAUGGCCUGGGUCCACGUGAUCAUCGCGGACCGAUCCCCGCGCGGCGCCAGAUCUCGGCAUACGCGGGGCCUCCUCGGGUACUGGCCGUCGAUCGCCCCGGCGGCGGCGCUGCAGAAUGCCCUCGUGUGCGUGUCGUACACGAUGUAUCUCGUGGCGGUGCCGGCUGGCAGCUGGGCCUUUGUGAGUGUGGCGGGUGUCGCGCAGGGGCAUCUGGCCUUGGGGGGCCAUCUCCGGUUUGUGGUGGUUGUUCUCAUCCCGGCGAUACUCUCCCUGCUGGUCACCCUGCCCGCGAGAGUGGUCUUCGUGCGCGUGGCCGCCUCCAUGCUCCCCGAGGAGGAUGUGCCCUUCGUGCCCUUCGAUCGCUGGUUUGAUGGCAAGGUGGGGCCCGAGGUUGGAGGCACCGGUGAAAGGCUUGGCAUCAAGGAUGCCUGGACCACCGUCGCACGGCCUUUUUGGGUGCGCUGCUUCAAGAUCACUCUCAAGGCGCUGGGUAUGGAGGUCGUGGUGGUCGUGGCUGGGAUCUUGGUCAUGAUCGGCGAAAUGUUUUUGGUUCAACUGGCAGGGGCCGGCUUCUAG